AUGACUUGGCUAAUUUGGAACGUGAGAGGAGUCAAUAAGAGAUAUAAGCAGAAGGAGGUGCGGAAGAUACUAGUGAAUAAACACAUUAAACUAGCAGGUCUGAUUGAAACAAGAGUGAAGCAACACAACGCAACUAGAAUAGUGCAAAACAUAGUUCCAGGAUGGGAUCUGCACCUAAAUGAAAUAGCCUGGAAAGGAGAAUAUUAUACCUGGAGUAAUAAACAGCAAGGCGACGAAAGGGUGUGCAGCAGACUGGACAGAGCCAUUGGCAACCAUGAAUGGAUGAUGGCAUGGGGACAAGUGAGAAACAUUAAAGUUCCUUUUAGAUUCUUCAAUAUCAGGGCGGAGCAUAACAAAUUUCAAGACAUUAUUUCUGCAAUUUGGGCUAAGAAGCUUUCUCGGGACAGAAUGGGUAAUAUUUGGCUGAAUCUUAAAGCAUUAAAGUUGGACUUGAAAAAACUGAACACAGAGGAGUUUAAGUAUGUGGGACAGAAUAUAGAGCAAGCAAGACAAUCUCUAGCUGAGAUCCAAGUACAGAUGAGGCGACAAUGGACUGAUGCAUUGCAAGACCAGGAAAAGCAGACUAUAAUAAAACUAGAGAAAUGGUCCCUCAUAGAGGAAAGUGCUAUUAAGCAGAAAUCAAAAGCUAAGUGGAUUCAGCUAGGAGACUCAAAUAAUAAGUAUUUCUCAGCAGUAUUGAAGGAAAGAACUCAAAGGAAGCAGAUAAUUGACUACUACAGAAACUAUCAAGGAAAAAAUUGUGGCUUUUUAUAA